CUCCUUCCGGCCGCAGCCCUCUGCGUCCUGCCCGCAUUCAGUCCAGUUUCGCGGCGUUCGCGAGGAGAGGCGCGCUUCUGACUCCGACACCAGACACCGGCUUCGCCGUCGAGCCCCCGGCACGGCACUACCCCGCGCCACCGCCAUCCUGCCGGUCCCCAAGACCCCCAAGGCCCUGGCUGCCACCGAGGAGCUCGCCCGCGCCGCGGCCCAUGGCGCGAUGGGCGCGGGUCCGGGUCCCGGCCCACUGAGGACGUCCAGGACCUCGCCUAGGACCCCGUCCAGAGCCUCGUCCAGGACAUCCGCGCCGCUGCUGCUGCCCGCCUCCCUCCUGGCAGUGCUGGUGCUGGCGCUUCUAGUGGCGCACACCACUCCCGCACGAGCCAAACCUAUGGCCAUGGCCAGCCCCGACCAGGUUCUAGAGAACAUGAAGCAGAUACCACAGUGGCAUUGCUUACGCUAUCGUAAGUUUGAUCUUGUCACCCAGCACAAAAGGUGUCGCCAUUUUCGAAUUGAUCGGAAGCAUUGACCAAAGAAAGUCAAUACAAAAAUCAUCACUAUGAAUUACUUAUUUGUUGUUGUAUGUAGGCCGUAUGAGGGCCUUUCAUUAAUUAAGUAGGGUAUGUCGUUCUUUUUUUUUAUGCCAAAGAAUGUGUCAGUGAGAAGCCAUACCACUAAUAAAAGCAGAAGAAAGAUCGAUCUCAUUAGAAAUUGUUGCUGCAUUUAUGAGGAGUUAUCGUGCAAAAUGUAAGAAAAGAAAAAAAAAUCCCUUAUUACAAGCCCAAAUGUGAGAUGCAGAAAAAUAUCUUGCGAACAAUUCCUCCUCUAAAUUAUGUUUUCUUUUAUGUUGCAAUUAGGAGGGUGUAAAUAUUUUUAUAUUUGUAGUAUUUUUCACAGUAUGUUAGUUCAUAUGACUUGUUUAAGAAUAAAUAUGAAAAAAUGAU